AUGAGCCGGUGCCCCUGCAGCUGUUCCCCACGGCCGCCCUCCGGUUCCUGCCGUUGCAGCUACGGCGUCCUGACAGCCGCCGGGCGCCCUCGCCCCUCGGACGGUUGUAAAGAAGAAAGUUCCACUGUCUCUGUCAAAAUGAAGUGUGAUUUUAACUAUAACCAUGUUCAUUCUGGAAUUAAACCAGUAAAGCCUGAUGACAGUAGAAGACAAGGUUCCUACACUACUGCGAAUUUGGAAAGUUCUUAUAAAGACUUCAUUAAAGACUAUGAAAGGUUAUCAGAUAUUGGGUCGCCUAUUGUGAGCCCCAGGAUUGUAGAACUUGAAACUGAGAGCAAGCCCUUGCAUAAUAAGGAAAAUCUACAUGUACAGCAAACACUUAAUAGUUCAAGUGACGUAGAAGAACUAGAGACCAGUGGACCUUAUGAAGACAGUGGCUACUCUUCAUUUUCCCAGCAAAGUGGCCUCAGUGAACAUGAAGACAGUAGCCUUCCCCUGGUGGAAAAUUUCAGUGACAGUCUACAGUCUUGCCUGCUACGGACACAAAGCCCAGACCAAUAUCCCAACAAAAACUUGCUGCCAGCUCUUCAUUUUGAAAAAGUGGUUUGUUCAACAUUAAAAAAAAAUUGUAAACGAAAUCCUAAAAUAGAUUGGGAGAAACUGAAGGAAUUUAUAUCCAGUGGAAAUUUUAGACUACAGAAUAUAAUUGGCAGGAAAAUGGGCCUAGACUGUGUAGAUAUUCUCAGUGAACUCUUUCGAAGGGGACUCAGACAUCUCUUAGCAAAUAUUUUGACACAGCUCAGUGAUAUGGACUUAAUCAAUGUGUCUAAAGUGAGCACAACUUGGAAGAAGAUUCUAGAAGAUGAUAGGGGGGCAUUGCAAUUGUACAAUAAAGCAAUACAAAGAAUUACCGAAAAGAACAUUAAGUUUUCACCACACGCUUCAACCAGAGAAUAUGUUUUAUUCAGAACCCCAUUAGUAUCCGUGCAAAAGUCAGCCACCCAGACUCUCCCCAAAAAAGACGCUCGAACCAAGUUACCUGAUCCAGGUGAUCAGAAAGGUUCUACUUACAGUCGACACAGUGAAUUCUCUGAGGUUGCCAGAACUUUGAAAAAGAACGAAAGCCUCAAAGCCUGUAUUCGCUGUAAUUCACCUGCAAAAUACGAUUGUUAUUUACAACGGGCAACCUGUAAACGAGAAGGCUGUGGAUUUGAUUAUUGCACAAGGUGCCUGUGUAAUUAUCAUACCACUGAAGACUGUUCAAAUGGCAAGCCCCUAAAAGCCAGUUAUAAAAUGGGUCCUUUGCCUGGUACUAAGAAAAGCAAGAAGAAUUUACGACGUCUGUGA